GCUGCUUCGCGAGCCGCUGGUGCUGGCGAUUGGACGGACGACCUGGCUGACGUCCUGCAUCCCAGAGAGCAUGACAGAGGAACUGGAUCUCGCAGGACAGGACUCUGAUGGGAGUAGUGAAGAAGUUGUCCUUACUCCUGCAGAGCUCAUUGAAAAUCUGGAGCAGGCAUGGCUAAAUGAAAAGUUUGCCCCUGAGCUACUGGAAAGUAAAUCAGAAAUUGUGGAAUGUGUCAUAGAACAACUAGAUCACAUGGAAGAAAAUCUCAGGAGAGCCAAGCAGGGAGAUCUGAAGGUCACUAUCCACCGAAUGGAGAUGGAGAGGAUCCGCUAUGUCCUUAGCAGCUAUUUGCGGUGUCGGCUCAUGAAGAUAGAGAAGUUUUUCCCUCAUAUCCUUGAAAAGGAAAAAACAAACCAGGAGCAGGGAUCCUCUUGCCUUUCUCCUGAAGAGUUUGCCUUUGCCAAAGAGUAUAUGACCAACACAGAGAACUAUUUGAAGAAUGUUGCCUUGAAGCAUAUGCCGCCUAACUUACAGAAGAUAGACCUCUUGAGAUCAGUUCCCAAACCAGAUCUAGAUUCAUAUGUAUUUCUGAAAGUGAAAAAGCGUCAAGAAAACAUACUAGUAGAACCAGAAACAGAUGAGCAGAGAGAUUAUGUGAUUGACUUGGAGGAAGGCUCUCAACACUUAAUACGAUAUAAAACCAUUUCCCCUCUGGUUGCUUCAGGAGCAGUACAACUAAUUUAGUCCAAAAAUGAAUGAUCAAGAAUGGAAGAUGUGUAAGCCUUUCCUAUCACUUAAUGCUAUGGAUUAUAGACUUUUCUCAGCAAUUGCUUAGAAAAGGCAAUUGAGUGCGCUUAAGGCAGGAUUCCUGACUUAACAUGUCUCCUUCAAUUUUCCUUCAUUUCGAUCAGCAGAGGGGGCUAUUGCAUUGUUUUUCUGUGAACUGAGAAAAUGGGGAAAACUUGCUAUGUGGGCCUUUUCCCUUUGUGGUAUUUUUUGAACUCAGCAAAAUGAGGUAAAGGUAGGUUAUUAAAAGGCAUUACUGUCUAUGAUUGUAUCCCUAACCUGAUUCUGGGGGUGGCCAAGGGUUCGGUGGGCACUCAUGUACCAAGAUAA